AUAAUUUUAGUUUCAUUUUUCUUUUGAAACACGACUAAAUCCAAAUUGAACCAAUCCGAACCUAACCCGAUCUAAUGAUCUAAUCCGGCCUAAUUUGCAACCCUACAGGUUACAACCCACAAGAAUUGAAGACAGAAGAGCUUUACGUGUGCGUACCGCGCACUUGUGAUUAUUUUAGGGCCUAGCCUCCUAGAGUAUUAAAGAGGGACUAAAACCAAAACACGAACCUGAAGUAUACCCGAACGUUAAAACCGCUCUCUGCUCUCAUUUCUCUCUCUCUCUCUCUCAUGUAUGUAUUUCCCGGCGACUUCAUAAACAAAAGAAAUAUUCCUUCUCUCUCGUCUCUGAAACCCCUCUCGAACUCAAGAAGAGGUAUUUAUUCUUCAAUUCUUCCGCGUGCUGUCUGUGGAAAAUCUAAAAUUGCUUCACCAGAAUUGGAGAAGAGGAAGGCAGAGCUUCGAUCUGAGCUCUCCCGCGCAAGUCGUUCCACCUGAUUAAUGGUGAUUCCGAGAGUUGCAGAAGGACAGAUGCGGCAGGAGUUCAUGGCUCGUGAAAGCUCGAGGCCCUUGCAUAAUUUCUUGUUGCCUUGCUUGAAAUGGGGGAGGCAAAGGCGUCUUAGAUGCAUCAAAGUACGUUCAAAUGCAGAAAUCCCCUCGCUUGAGCGCGGAUCCCCGGCUCCGGAAGCCGAAGAGGAAGAUUUCAUCGGUGGAAAAAAAGAGUACCAGUCAUUGAAGCGGAGAUAUUCGAAUGGCUCUGAAAGCUGUAUGAAAUGGCAGUUGCCUCCUUUUGGAGUUUCCGAGAGGAUAUCUAAGAUUGAGAAGGAUGGAGAAGACAGAAUUGAAGCAAUCAGGUUAAAACUCGAGUUUCAUCUCCGUGAGGCUGCAGACAAGAUGAAUUUGGCGAUUAAGCAGGACGGAGAAGAAGAUGAACCAUCAUCGGCGGCGGCGGCGGCGGCGAGGCCGUGGAAUCUCAGAACGCGAAGAGCUUCUUGUAAGGCUCCUAAUGAAGCUGGAGGGGAUUUGAAAAAUGAAGAGAAGCAGCAGAAUUCUUCUCCUAUGCGGGCUGAGAAUUCAACGAUGAAAUCGCUCAGGUCGAGAGGUUUAGUUUCACCUCAGUGUGUGGAGAAGAAGGGCCGUGCAAAGUUCUCGAUCUCUCUUUCUCGCGAGGAGAUAGAGGAGGAUUUUGUCGGGGUAACGGGCACACGACCGCCUCGAAGGCCAAAGAAAAGGCCUAGGAUCGUACAGAAGCAACUUGAUAUAAUGUUCCCUGGCCUGUGGUUGACAGAAAUAACGCCAGAUACAUACAAGGUUCAUGAUUUUCCUGAAACCAGAAAGAGAUAGAGAUACAACGACAGCAAUUAGAUGUUUCAAGGUUUUCGUUUGCUGACCUUUGCCGCAUUGUGACCUCAGUUAUGGUACUGCAAACCAUCCAUUUGUACAUUAGGAAUUCGACAGAAAGAUGUUGAAUUUCCUGGUAACCCGUUGUGCAAGUUAACUUGUUUUUAGAUGCUAAUUUCAUUUACUGUGCUCAUUCAUUCCUGCUUCUAAUAUGAGGUUAUUUAACAUAAAGGCGACUAUUGAUCUUUGAGUUUUAUUUUCUGAAUAAUAAUGGCUAACAAAUGAUCAUGGCAGUGAA